AUGUAUUUUUCCCAGGAAGAAUGGGAGUUGUUGGAGCCCACUCAGAAGGCCCUCUACCAUGAUGUAAUGCAGGAAAACUAUGAGACUGUCAUCUCUCUAGCAUUAUUUGUGCUUCCCAAACCUAAAGUGAUCUCCUGUCUAGAGCAAGGGGAAGAGCCAUGGAUCCAAGGACCUGAGGCAUUCAAGGGCAGGCAUGUAGAGCCUCCUACAGGGUUAAAGUGCAAAAAUGUCACUGGAAAUCAUCAGCCUAUAUCACUUCCUGCCCUAGAAGCACCAGGAGAUGUAGAAUCAAAAAAGUCCAGAAGGAAAGUUCCCCAGAAAACAACAGGCAAAGAAAAUCAAGGUGAUAUUCACAGGGUGGGGAAACAGCAUCAAGAUUUACCAGUGAAGAGAAGAAAAAAACUUGCAAGCUGGAAACAAGAAUUGCUGAAACUUAUGGAUCGUCACAAAAAAGAACAUGGAGGAGAAAAGCCUUUUAAAUGUCAAGAAUGUGGGAAAAGCUUCAGAGUUAGCUCUGACCUUAUCAAGCACCAGCGAAUUCACACUGAAGAGAAGCCCUUUAAAUGUCAACAGUGUGGUAAAAGGUUUAGAUGGAGUUCAGAUCUUAAUAAGCACUUAACAACGCACCAAGGCAUAAAGCCAUACAAAUGCUCGUGGUGUGGGAAAAGCUUCAGUCAAAACACAAAUCUGCACACACAUCAAAGAACUCACACAGGAGAGAAGCCCUUUACCUGUCAUGAAUGUGGGAAAAAAUUCAGUCAGAACUCCCACCUUAUUAAACACCGGAGAACCCACACAGGUGAGCAGCCUUUCUCCUGUAGCAUAUGCAGGAGAAACUUCAGCAGGCGGUCAAGCCUUCUUAGGCACCAGAAACUCCACAGGUGA